GAGAACGUCAGUUCUGCUCCGAACGGCGUACAGUGCGGAUCGAGCGUUCAUAAUCCUCGAAGAAACGCGUUAUUUAUAAAUUUGUGUGCGUGUUCCAUUCACUUCAUGUUUUUUUUCGGAACAAAAGUAUGCGUGAUUCAGUGUCGACAGUGAUAUCGUGUGGUUCAUCUGCAGUGUGAAUUAACAGCGUUCACGAGAGUCAUUAUCCAAUCAUGCCAAGGUGAAAGGAAUUUCUCAAAUUAGGCUAGGAUGUCACAUCACAGCGACGAUAAUAUGCUGAUAGCAACCUCGGACUCCUUCUGGGAGCCGGGUAACUACAAACGAACAACCAAAAGAAUCGAGGAUGGUCACAAACUGUGCGACAGUUUGAUAGCUCUGGUCCAAGAAAGGGCGGAGAUAGAGAAGAGUUACGCGAAAGCUUUGAAAAAUUGGUCCAAGAAUUGGAACGAUAAGAUUGAGAAAGGACCUGAAUAUGGCACUACCGAGGCAGCGUGGAAAGGGGUUCUGGUUGAAUCGGACAGGUUGUGUGAUCUUCACCUCAAGGUCAAAGAGAACCUCUGUAAUGACAUCAUUCAUCAGGUGAAAACGUGGCAGAAGGACACCUAUCACAAGUCGAUGAUGACCCUGAAGGAACGUAAGGAGAUGGAGGAUGCCUUCAAAAAAGCGCAGAAACCAUGGGCGAAGCUUUUGCAGAAAGUGGAAAAAGCGAAAGCCGAAUAUCACAACAGCUGUAAAACAGAACGAACCGCAGCGAACGUUGAAAGGAACGCUUCUGCUGAUAGUUCACUUUCGCCGGACCAGAUGGCCCGAGGCUCUGAAAACGUGAAGAAAAUGCAAGAUAGGGUGCAGAAAACGAAGGAAGAAGUACAGAAAGCGAAAGAGAAGUACGAAGCAGCUCUACAAGAAAUUAAUCAGUACAAUCCUAAAUAUAUGGAAGAUAUGACCCAGGUGUUCGAGAAGUGUCAAGAAAUGGAGGCGCAGAGACUCCAAUUCUUCAAAGAAGUUCUCUUUGGCAUCCACAAGUGUCUCAAUAUAUCUCAAGACCCAGUACUUCCACAAAUAUACGAGGAAUUCUAUCACACAAUCAACAAUGCAGACCAUGAAAAGGAUUUGAAAUGGUGGUCGAAUAAUCAUGGUGUAAAUAUGGCUAUGAACUGGCCACAAUUCGAGGAGUUCCCACCUGUUAAUAACAAAUCAAAAUCGAAACCAACAUCCCGGGUAAUAUCAACGGACAGUGGUCAGGGAGAUAACAAAACCGACACGAUCAGUUCUGGUAAACAUUCUUCUGAGAAGAAUAAUCACGAUGGUAAUUCAGUCAACAGGACUUCCACGAUUACUAACGGUACAAACGCUAAGCAAGAAUCAAAUCCAUUUGAAGAAGAGGAAUGGGAUGAAGAUGGAGGUGAACCGUUGGUGGAUAAUGGAGAACCUGGAGUUCUUGUGCGUGCGUUGUAUGACUAUGAAGGAGCUGAAGCUGACGAGCUUAGCUUUAAGCAAGGUGACAUGUUUGAAAAAUUAGAAGACGAAGAUGAACAAGGAUGGUGUAAAGGACGAAAAGAUGGUAGAGUGGGUCUUUAUCCCGCAAACUACGUAGACCUCGUGUCUCAGUAAAUCAUCACGUGAAGCCAAAUUUCAUAAACACUGUUAGUUACUUAAUACGUAUCGCGUAACGAAAACAAGAAAAAGGAAUUCUUAUUUUGUUGUUUAUUUCUCUAUGAAAUAGCGCCUUCAUUGAAAUUUGUAAAUGUUGUUAGAUAAGAGAGUUGCACGAGACUCUAUAUUUAUUAGAGAUUAUUCAUUUUUGUGUGAUACAUGAUGAUCGCUAAAACAGACAGAAAUCUGAACAGUUCGAUGUUAUGAGUAACUAAUAUUCUAAAAUAUUAUUAAAACACGCGUAAAUCAUUGAUAUCAAAGAUAUUGUCAUACAACAGUCAUCGGAAAUAUAAUUUCGAGUACUCCCUCCUCAGUCCCAUAAAAAAUGACUUAAUCUGUAACAUUGAUCAGUGGCGUAGCUAAGAUUUUUGGAUGGGGUAGGACAGGUCGCUCGAAAUUUUUGGAAUUCUGAAAUCCUAAAAUCCAAACUUUCAUAAUCAUAAGGUUCAAAUUUCAAAAUGCAACGGAUGGUCAGUCCAAAUUUUUGGAGAAACCUAGCCCAUCCUGGUCACGCCAAUGGCUCUGAUAAAUACUUUCAUUCCAGUUCGAUGAAAUUAUUAUUGAAAUGUUGAUAACAUUGAAACGAGAAAAAACGACUUAUUCUUUUCCUCAGAAGUGAAAAGAAACUUUUACUCUUAGGAGUAAUGGUUUCUCAUAGAUAGCUAGGGUUCUCUAUAUCCAUCAAAUAUAUAUAGCGCUAAACAAUAAGGUGGAUAACACGAGUAUAUUAAGUUAAACUUCGGAAUAAUGUACAAUCAUACGUUUUUUCGACUCAUUAUUAUUACCAUUAUUGCUAUAAACAAAAUUAUUGGGCGAACGCUAUGAGAGCGAGAGAUAGAGGUAUACUUAAUUUAUUGUUAUUCAAAUGAUACUAUUGCAAAUCUGUUCUUUCAUGAAUGGUAUCGUUGUAUAUAAUAGAUUUAAGAACGUAAUGAUAUGUAAAGUUGCAAUUGUUCAAUGAAGUUGAUAUUUUAUGAUGUUUGAAAGCGAAACGUCGAAAAAUCCGUACAUUAAAAUUUAAUGUAUAGUACCGAACAUGGGAGGCUUUCCUAGGAAAAAUGACGAUCUGGGGGAAAGAAACCUUACCACUAUCUAUUACACUUGAGAGUUAUCACGUAUUAUGAAUAAAUCUCUAAAGUUUCAAAACAUAACAUUUUUAAAAAUAUUAAGUAAAGUUUUCCCUGGGAAAAUCUCCUAUGCUUGGCACUAUACAGAGCUACAUAAUAUAUUUGGGACCCAAAAUUGUCAAACUCGUUUUUUUUUUUUGUUUCUAAUCAAAAAUAAAGCAUCACGGCUAUAACGUAUAAAAUUUACUUGUAAGGGAUGAAGUUUUUAAAAAUUUAUAAAUUCUAAUUAAAGUUGUAUCUUGUUUUAUAACUUGCGUCAUUAUUAUUGUACUUUUUUGUACAUAAUCUUUUUACAUUGAAGCACUGUUUCAGUUAUGAAAUCAUAAUAUCUUUGUUAAAUGAAAAAAAAUUUUAUAUAAAAAUUAGAUAUAUGUCAUUUCAUGUAAUCAUUACACUUUUUCUAGUAACCAUAAUCACGACCUAAGGAAUGGAAAUGAAAGCGCAAAAUGAUGUAUUGAAAUGAAUUUUUUUUUUUUU